AUGGAGCUGCCAUCGCUCCCGCCCAACCAGGGCCUGGAGGCCAUGAAGGACAUCAUAUUCGGUUCGUCUGCUGGUAUGGCAGGAAAACUGAUCGAAUACCCCUUCGACACCGUCAAGGUCCGACUCCAAUCACAGCCCGCAAACCUCCCACUUCGAUACAAAGGGCCUUUGGACUGUUUCCGCCAGUCCUUCCAAGCAGAUGGUUUCCGUGGACUAUACAGAGGGAUCAGUGCGCCCAUUACUGGUGCCGCCGUCGAAACCAGCUGCCUAUUCUUCAGCUAUCGCCUCAUACAAGAUGCCCUUCGCGCAAACGUUUACCCAGAAAUGGAACACCUCCCAUUCUACGCUCUGAUUGCGAGCGGUGCCCUCUCAGGAUCUGUGACAUCACUAGCCCUCACCCCCAUCGAAUUAGUGAAAUGCAAAAUGCAAGUCCCCGCCGAGUCCGCCAGCCUCAAACCCGCUGGUCCAAUGGCUAUCGUCACAACCAUUUUCCGCCAAGAGGGCCUAAUAGGCUUCUGGCGCGGACAGAUGGGAACCCUUAUCCGCGAAACAGGCGGAAGUGCUGCCUGGUUCGGUGGCUACGAGGGCGUCUCUUCCCUCUUCCGAACCUACAACAAAAAGCACUCCCAACACCCCGACUCCCUUCCCGUCCACCAACAGAUGAUCGCAGGUGCAACGGCCGGAAUCAGCUACAACUUCCUUUUCUACCCGGCCGACACGAUCAAAUCCCGCAUGCAGACGGAAGAUAUCUCCCGUCUGCCUGUCAGCGCGCAGCGUCAGACUUUUUGGAGUGUUACCAAGGGUUUGUGGAGACAGCAGGGGCUAAAGGGCAUGUACCGUGGGUGCGGGAUCACCUGCGCUCGCUCAGCGCCUAGCUCUGCCUUCAUUUUCUCUGUCUAUGAAGGAUUACGGUCAUACUUCGGAUGA